CGGAGGCAGCCGAGGAUGAUAAACACCCAGGACAGUAGUAUCUUACCUUUGAGUAACUGUCCCCAGCUGCAGUGCUGCAGGCACAUCGUUCCAGGGCCUCUGUGGUGCUCCGAUGCCCCUCACCCACUGUCGAAGAUCCCCGGUGGGCGAGGGGGUAGCAGGGAUCCUUCUCUUUCAGCUCUGAUAUAUAAGGACGAGAAGAUCACUGUUAACCAAGAUGUCCCAGUGCACGAAGGGAAGCCUCAUAUUGUCCACUUCCAGUACAAGGUCACAGAGGUGAAGACCUCCUCCUGGGAUGCAGUGCUCUCGAAUCAGAGCCUCUUUGUGGAAAUCCCUGACGGAUUAUUAGCUGAUGGAAGCAAAGAAGGGUUAUCAGCUCUGUUGGAAUUUGCUGAAGAAAAAAUGAAAGUAAACUACGUCUUUAUUUGCUUCAGAAAAAGCAGAGAAGAUAGAGCUCCACUCCUGAAGACGUUCAGCUUCUUGGGCUUUGAAAUCGUGAGGCCUGGUCACCCCUCUGUCCCGUCGCGGCCAGAUGUGAUGUUCAUGGUGUACCCCCUGGAUCAGAACUCUUCCUCUGACGAAGAAUAGUUGCAGCGGGGGACGCGAGUGUGACCUGAAAAUGCUUUUGAGGGGAGAGAGGGUUACAUCUCCUUUCUUGAGGAAAGGGAAAACAAGCUUCUGUUGGACUGAAACUGCAUUUCUCAUUGUUAGAUUGGCCUGUGUAUCCUCAGAGUUGACUAUCUCAUUGAAACGUGUUGCCUAGAGAACUAUAUAUACACAUGUAAUCACCAAAUAGUAAAUGGAAGAUGUUUAUGAACUGGCAUAGGAGCUCUUUACAUGCAGCUGUGUGGUGUGUUAGCCUAGAGGCGCCUCAUGCCCCGGCCACGUGGGGGCCUGGCAGCGUAGGGGAGCACAGCGGUAGAUGCAGCAUCAUCAACUCCUUGACUUCUCCACAUCAGUGUUGGUUCUUUCCCCAUCACCUGAUGUGUGGUGUGCGCUCAUCUGACCGGCUACCUUUUAAUUUUCACUCAGACUCUUAAGUGUAAGGCAUGUUUGGGGUGUUACACACACGGAGGAGACGUGAGUUAACCUUUAACACUACAUUAAAACCCCUGUGCAUCUCUGCUUUGGGGCAACCAAUGCUGUUUUAACUCAUCUAACUUUUUUUUUUUUUUUUUUUUUUUAAAGAAAAAACACAAAACCUUCUUGCUCUUCCAGCUUUUGUUUAAACAGUCUUACUCUGUUCAAUGUUACCACUGCACUAUCACAGCAUUUAAUAAAAGGGGCAUUCAGAUUAACUUCACCCAGCUGGGGCUGCUUAUUUAAAAAAGGAACGGAGCCUUUUUCGUGCUGCAAUGGUACUCUGCUCUGCUAGGGUCAAGCGAGCGUUUGGAGCGAUGCCUCGGGUCUGGGGGAGCGCUCCCUUCCCCUGCUGGAGUCACGCUUUCCGUGGUUCAAAGAGCACUUGAGCCUUGGGGCUCCUUCCCAGGGCGAGGCGAGGGGCUGCCCUCACACCUCUGUCCGGGCCCUUCCAAAGAGAGACGCUCGAGCCCCGAGAGGAGAGAUCGGCUGUACCCAAAGCCAAGGGAGUCGUGCAGGGGGCAGCUCGCGUUUCACUCGUAGCGCUGGGGAGCGAGGUUGUGCUCUUGUCUUCGUGCCAUGUGGACGUAACCUGGCUGGCUUCCUUCGAGCGCCACAUGAGAAGGGUGUAUUUAUAAACCGGGCCCUGGAGCCGUGUCGCGAGCUCUCUUCCUGGCCUGGCUGCUUGCGUGUGGAAUUGUCCGUGUGUGCUUUGUUCUGCUCUCACUCUUCUGUGGAGGAUUUUGUUAAAAGCUGAAGCCAAGCCAUUCCAUAAACAUCAUGGUCAGUGUUUUCUGUCUGGGGGAGAGAGGUGGGGCCGGGCUACGAGUUUGUGUGAAUAAAUCAUCUUAAAGUUUG